AUGAAGCUCCUGCAGUUCCCUUGGGCGCGACACGAUUCCCUUCUGUCGCACGCUCUGGUGCUCGCUUCCCUCGUGGCUGCAUUUUUUUUAACCGAAAAUUUCGUAAAACGGAAUAAUAGCUUUUUCUCAGUACAAUUCUCUAGCAGGAAGGUGUGUGAUUUUCUGCACAAAAAUUUUUACAAGGUGGAGGCUCUAUACAUAUGUGGGAAUGCGCUGGAGCAGAAGGAUUUUUUUCAUAAUGACUGGAGAAGCGUGCGGGAGGGUUCUUUAGGGGCGGGCGACCACUCGAGACAGGAAGAGAAGAAGAUGAAGGGUCACUGGGGAAUGCAGGGUGAUCGCCACGAUGAUCACUACGCAGAACACCAAAUCGACUUCACCAUCGAUACGAACAACCCCGCUGUGAACGAGAACCUUCUGAUAAAGUCGCGCAUGAUAUUUAAAAAAUUGGACAGUGACAACAACAGCGUUAUAGACUUGAAGGAAUUCAAAAGAAACGUGAUGAUAUUAUCCCAUAUGAGGAGCAUAAAUGAGAAGGUACUCGGUUACCUAUUCGAUCUGUUCGAUGUAAACAAGGACGAAAAAAUUGACUACGUGGAGUUCUUGUCCCUAAAUUCGUACGACUUCAAUUACGUGAAGCUCAUUCAAAUUUUAUUUGAUGAAGAUAAUGUAGUGGAGGAGAGUACAAUUUUUAAUUAUUUGAAAAUAUAUUUUUCGGAAUUUUUGGACAACGUGGUGGAUGACAUGAUGGAAGAUGUGGACGCAUAUUUCUUUACGCGAAAGGAUGAGCUCGUCCAAUCGUUGGUGAACAAAUUUUGGAAAAAUGAAAGACACACUUGGGAUAUUAAUGGAGAUGAGAAGUUGCAGCUUGAGGAGUUCCAGAAUUUCCAGCUCUCCCUGCUUGUGCAGAUAGACCACCUUGCCAACUUUCUCCACUUGGAUUUAAAUUUUGAUGGGCAUAUUGACGUGUCAGAGUUGCUUUUUUAUAUUAGCCACGACGGGGAGAAGUAUAGAAGGUUGCGCGCCUAUCUCAAAGGGCAUGGUCGAAGAGAGCAUGAUCACAGACCAGGAGUUAAGCCCGAGGCUCUGUUCAGUUACAUCCGGGAUGAUCUCCAAGUAGACGACUCGCUCGUCCGCAACCUGCAGUUUCUGUUCAAUUCGUUCGAUGUUAACGGUGACUACCUCCUCGAUUUGGAGGAGUACAAGGAUCAAAUGAGCACGUUCUCCGUGUUGGACUCAGCCCCAGAAGUUGUCUUCUCAAGUUAG